GUCUCUUUUCUUUCAGGCGCACAGCUUCAAUUUUUCUUCUUUUCCGGUGCUUUUCUUCUGAUCGGCCACCACGACUUCUUCAAAAUCCAAUAGCAGUUCCCGUGUGGCCGAAUUUCAGGCGAGUCCGAGCAACAUAUCCUAAUUUUCUUCUAAGAUAUAUAACAGAUCAGCGAUGUGAAAUGUUCUAUGGUUUCUGUGUAGGUCAAAUUUCUUAGGCACAAUGCUCAAGACUGAUGAUUUUUAAAUCUCUUAGAGCUGGUAGAUACGUUCAUCAAUUUUGGAGUAAAAGCACUCUAUUCCUUGAUUGUAUCUGUGGACUUGGUUAUUCAGUAAUUUCUAGCAGUAUGAAAGAAAUCAAAGUAAAAGAUGCUUCUCCUAUGUGUACUCUUGCACCUGAUACUGAACCCAGAAUCCAACCAUCUUCCUCUGUAAGUGAGGACCGUAAGUGUUCAUCUAUAAGUGUGAAAUCUACCCCUGAAAUAGAAAAGAAAUAUGUUCAUCAUGUUUAUGAUGCUAUUGCCCCCCAUUUUAGUUCCACCCGCUUUGCCAAGUGGCCCAAGGUCGCUGCUUUCUUGGAAUCUUUGCCUACUGGUUCACUUAUCUUAGAUGCAGGAUGUGGAAAUGGGAAAUAUCUAGGUUUAAAUUCUAGCUGCUAUUUUAUAGGAUGUGAUAUAAGUCCUUCCCUUAUCAAAAUAUGUGCUGAUAGAGGGCAUGAAGUUUUGGUUGCAGAUGCUGUUAAUCUUCCUUACAGAACUAAUUUUGGUGAUGCAGCAAUCUCUAUUGCUGUUUUACAUCACUUAAGUACAGAGAAUAGGAGAAAGAAAGCGAUUGAAGAAUUAGUGCGAGUUGUUAAAAAGGGUGGCCUAGUUCUAAUAACCGUUUGGGCCGUUGAACAAGAGGAUAAGUCAUUACUUACCAAAUGGACUCCACUUACAGAAAGGUAUUUAGAAGAGUGGAUAGGACCAGGUAGUCCUCGUGUUCGUGGCCCUUCAUCCUUCACUCUAGAAAGCAUUCCUGAAACUGAGGAAAAUGGUUUGGGUGGGCAUCCAAAAGAUUCUAGAGUGAGUUUAACUGAGAAUAUGCAACAAUCAUCAUGCUCAACCCCCCAAAAUGAAGAUGAUUCAAUGGUUUCUAGAGAUGGAAAGAGUCAGCAGGAAUAUUUUGUCCCUUGGCACUUACCUUAUCACCGUGCCGAAGUUAGUGGUGCCUCUGCUGGUGCUCUAGCAAAUGGUUUGGCAAAGAAAGAUGAUAAGAAGGGUGCUGUAGUGUACAACAGAUAUUACCAUGUGUUCGGUGAAGGCGAGCUUGAGAGGUUGGUAUCGGGAAUGGAUAAUGCUGUGAUUGUUGAUAAGUUUUAUGACAAAUCAAACUGGUGCAUCAUUCUUGAGAAAACAUUAGAAGGAUAAACAAUUGCAUUACUUCAUCGUUACACUGGAAUUAGCAUCAAAGAAAAUUGAUUAUUGCUUUUCAUUGGCGGCUGUUGCACGCACUUCAUGAUUAAGAAGUUGCUGGCAAAGGAUUCUUCACCGUCUCUCAGACAGUAAUAGAGGUGCUUGAUCGAUGUGGCUGAAGACGGACCUGAGAUAUGGAUAGCUCAACCUUUUUCCCCAUAUACAAUGUGUUGGUAUUACUAGGGUUUGUAUGUCGCUCUCCUAAAUGUGGAAAGAUCAGUGAAUAAUUGUGUUUUCGGUUUUGGAUUUUUCGCGUUUAUUUUUCAAGAUUGGACGAAUAUUGUCCACUGCUAUUUUGUUGGUUCGUCUGUUUUUCAUACGAACUGAAACAUGAAAAUGCAUAAAAAGUAAGGAUGGUAUUCGAGGAA